GCGCAAGACGGUCAGCAUGAAGUUCAACCCCUUCGUUACCUCAGACCACAGCAAAAACCGCAAAAGCCACUUCAAUGCGCCCUUGCACAUGCACAGGAAGAUUAUGUCUUCCCCACUCUCCGAGGAGCUGCGUCGGAAGUACAGCGUCCGCUCCAUGCCCAUCCGCAAGGACGACGAGGUCCAGGUGGUUCGAGGACACUACAAAGGUCAGCAAAUUGGCAAGGUGGUCCAGGUGUACAGAAAGAAAUAUGUCAUCUACAUCGAGCGGGUGCAGUGUGAGAAGGCUAAUGAGACAACUGUGCAUGUGGGCAUUCACCCGAGCAAGGUGGUUAUUACCAGGCUAAAGCUGGACAAAGAUCGGGAAAAAAUUCUCAAACGCAAAGCCAAAUCUCGACAGGUUGGAAAAGAGAAAGGCAAAUAUAAGGAAGAACUUAUUGAGAAAAUGCAGGAGUGAAUGUAACCUGUUGUGCAAGCACAGUUUAACUGUAGACCUUUAGCCUGGUGUGUGUUUCUUUGAAACUUUUCAAGACAUCUGCCAAACAUUUCAUCUCCUUCCUGUUUUGCUAUUGAUAAUGUAGCUUUGUAAAUCCACUUUUGCUGUUUUGAUUAAUAAUUUUAUGAAUAACAAUUGAAAAUGUUUCCUAAUUCCA